AUGGACUCGGAAAUUUGCGACUUUUUGGCUGGCGAUGAGCUGAUUGAGGUGAUUCCCAAUUUUACAAGUGGAUCGAUUCAAUUGAUUGGCGGUGAUAUGGGCCCAUUUGAAGCCGGUCUUCCCGUCGAAGUCCCACUUUGGAUUGGGAUCAAUUUGAGGAAACGAAUGAAAUGUGUACUUAAAGUUCCAAAUUGGUUGCUCAUUGAUUGUUUAAAGGAUUUGAUCACAUUAGAGAACGAAAGUAACAGUCUUUUGCAACUUCCAUCUUUGCAUUUCUUCGAAAUAGCUCACAUUGUUGUCCGAGAUUUUAAAGAGGAUUUACAAGAUGGAGAUCAAGUAAAAACUCUCAUUCAAGAUCUUUGGGAUAAACGUGAGGCGAAAAUACGCUCAUCAACGCUGAAAUUUUUGAAACAAUCAACCUACAAGAGUGCUCAAAUGGAUAACAUUCAACAGAUAGAGAUCACUCAAAUGCGUGGGCCAUUGAUUGCAGCAACGAGAAACACCGAGCGUCUCCUUCAAAAUAAACACUCCACUCAGAAU